CCUCUCGUGUGUGUGUGUGUGUGUGUGUGUGUGUGUGUGCAUGUGUCAUUGUGUGUGUGUUUCGUACGUCUGUAUCGUGUCUGUUUCCGUUAUGUGUUUUCUCGGAGUGUAUUCAAGGAACACACGCAUAGUACAAGUAUGCGUUGCACGCCUAUAGCCACCUAUAUCCCAGCUGUACACUCAGUGACAUACAUAAGAUACAAGAAACGCUUGAAUUUAGGAGUUGACUCGUAUAGGGGCAAGAAUAGAUACCGCCCUAGUUUGUCAGUGUGACCUCAGACAGUAAAACAUCUGUUUCUGUGGCUUUAAGAAUACAGACAGCCCCGACAGCGAUGGAAAUGCAAUCAUGCACCACACUCAAAGAGCCAUGUCAACAUUUAACUUCGCCAGUGACAGAAAUGGUCGUACUUGCGGGAGAAGAGAAAUAAAUCUAUAAUAACAUCUUUAGACCCGACCUUUCUACUUUCACAGCUGCUCCCUUGGAAACGAGUGUGCGACGACAGUUAAAACUCUGAGAGAGAAAAAAAAAAGAGAAAAAAGAUUGAUAAGUCGUUAAAUCACAAUGUGGAAAAAUACAAUGUAGUACACAGAAGAUAAUUACCUCUGUGCUGUGAAAGUACCGUCUGAACAGAUGGGGCUAAUCAGGGGAACUAAAAACAUUGUGCUUGUAGGAAGUGGAGGGCUGAGGGCCAGAAAAUAGUUUAGAUAUGAAUCUAUAACGCUAUACCUGCUACUCCCAGCCCUCCCAACCACUGAUUGCAUUUGAAACAAUGAGCCAUUGAAGUCAUCAUAACUGACCUUAAAUAAAGUAAAUAUAGUGCAAAACGUCUACUCCAUCUUUUAUCAGCCUGUUGGCCUGCCACUGCCCCUGUACUGCUGUGCUUGAGGGGGCUGGUGUUUCAUUUUAUACCCAGGAUUGAGUGGGGAGUUGGGUCACAUUCAGUCUGAUAUACCCCCAUGGGACCUUUGUUAAUCUGGGUAUUUUCAUGCCGCUUCACAAAUAGCCUGCAGGGCCGGUGGUGUGUCCUCCCACUCCCCCUACUGCUGUCAGCCAGCAAAAGACAACAUCCGACAGGGGUAAUCUGAGCUUUGAUAGACAAAUCCCCCUCGCCAGCCCUUCCCAGCAUCACUGUAGCCGGUUUAAGGGAGGGAGUUUACAAUGUGAAUACUUCUAGGAUACAACUCAGGGGAACAUGUGGGUGAUGUUUUCAUAAUAAUGAUGAUGAUGAGGAAAAUAAUAAUGAUGAUGAAGGUGAUGAUGAUGUUGAUGGUGACGAUGAUGAUGAUGAUUUUGAGGAUUUUGCUGGUCAUGGGAACAGGGAGAAAGAAGAGGAAGACAGAGGGGACGUUACCAGAGCCAGGUGCAGAAAGGGAUAGACCAAAGUGAGAAGGGCAGAGGGAGUGAAUUACAGAGGGCGAGUGAGAGUCGUGUGUCAUUGCCUGGGGGGCUAAACUGUGUGUCUGCUCCGAGGACAAACCCGAUUCCCCCUCAGGCUGACAGCUCAAAAAGCUCCUCUUAGUAAGCAAACAUGUGCCGGGCAAAAAACACUUGGCCAAGAGUGCUUCCACAGUAAUGACCAGCAAAUAAUGACUUUGGUGAGGACACACAGGACAUGUGAGGUCAAGCUUAUAAGAGGCGUUAAUCUCCCGGAGUCAGUGCCUGCAUUACAUAGACCAUUUCGGGUAAACAUCGGAUUCCCUGUCCAUUUGUCUAGUGACUGUCUGAGAAACAGUUUGCUACAUUGCGAUAUGUGAAACAGACAUGCCGAUAUCUUUCAUUGAUUUCCGGCUACAACUUUUCAACUCACACGAAUAACAAUUAAUUCCAGAAAGUGUGGCAAUGUCCCCCCGACGAGCGAUCUUCUAGCUGAAUACUACGUGUUGAACAGAACUUUACUUUUCGCAAAGUUAUAAGCACUAACUUGCGAUCCAAAAGUUAAAGUAGCGUUGUAGGGGCCAAUUUAGUGAGCGUUUUAUUUCCAGACGAACCAACCCCUCCCAACAAGUUGCAUUGCUAAGCACGUUGGGCUGGGGGAUAAACUCCGGUCCAAAGAAAUGCGAUCCGCUGCGGAGCUGCAGAAAAAGGCGGCGGGGGUGUGAAGGUAUGAGACACAGUUCAAUAGGAGACGCCGAUGGAAGUGCUACCGCUCUAUCUCCCUCUGAGCUCUGUCAAGGUCUUUGUUUGUGUGAAGAUCUAACCAGGAGCGCCAGUUUGUCCGAGAAGGAGCUCAAAGAGAACCGUGUCCGGAGUCAGAUCAUCGCCUCCCAGCUCACCCUGCCCACCAACUCCGGCUCCAGAGGGGUCCAGCUCUUCAACCGCCGCCGGCAGAGGGUCAACGCCUUCACACUGGAGAGCGGAGGGGAGGGUUCGGCCAAGGACACCGCGGAGAACGCCAACGCCCCCUCGUCGUGUGGCACACCAGGAUGGGCAGAAGGAGGCGGUAAGCAGAAGGACCGUGAGCUGAACAGCAGGAACAGCCGCGCCGCGGGGCCGCUCUGGUCCCCCACCGCCAGGACACACCAAGUCGGGGACAUCAUGGAGGAGCCGGCGGAGGCUGGGGGCCAGAUCCACGAGGCGGAGCGGAUGAAGAGCGGCGAGCGUCCCGAGGACAGACACUUUGUUCCGGUUAACGAGGGGGAGGCGUUGGAGGAGGAGGAGGAGGAGGAGGUUGAGGAGGAGGAGGAGGUGAAGUGCAGCAGCGAGGAGGCACUAGACCGAGAGCUCGGGGAUCUGGAGGCGAGCGUCAAGGUCGAUUUCGCCCCCGCGAGUUGUACUACCUACCGAACCCAGGCCAGAGAGUACCCGGGCGGAGAGACACCGGAGCCCGCUCCUCCGGUGAACAGCUGCCACCGGACUCCCUCCGGCCCGGUCCCGUCCGCCAAGCAGCCCGCCGCCAUCGUCAACAGAACCGCCAGGCCUUUCUUCUCUCCGAUCACCGUACAGUCUCCUGAGGCCGUGCCAACGAGCCCCGCCAUGGGCGCCCCUCCCGCCCCUUCAUACGCCGCUCCACGACUGCCCACCUUCAAGGCCCCCCACCGAGCGGCCUUCUCACCCCCACCUUCAGCCCCCCACCGAGCGGCCUUCUCACCCCCACCCACAGCCCCCCACCGAGCGGCCUUCUCGCCCCCACCCACAGCCCCCCACCGAGCGGCCUUCUCACCCCCACCUUCAGCCCCCCACCGAGCGGCCUUCUCACCCCCACCUUCAGCCCCCCACCGAGCGGCCUUCUCGCCCCCACCUUCAGCCCCCCACCGAGCGGCCUUCUCGCCCCCACCUCCACCCCCCUCCUACCCGAUGCCCCCUCUGCCAGCCUUCACUAACCAGCCUCCACAGAUCUACUCCAGCCCGACGUGCAUGUCUCCCGUCAUGUCCCCGGCGGUGUCCCAGUACACGGCCACCGGUGCUUCCACCGCGCCUUAUCAGCCCGCUCCCAGCAUCCCGCCGGGGUCUUAUUAUGGGGGCCCGGCUGCAGUCCCCGGGGCCCACACAUACGCUCCUCAACCGAUCGAAGAGAGGACAACGAUGGUCAAAACGGGGAUCCUGGAGGAGAUGGCCGCCAAGAGGGCCACCGGCCGGAAGUCCAUGUUCACGUUCAAAGAGAAGACCGUCGUCGCGCCGAACCCUGAGCUACUCUCGCUGGUCCAGGGGGCCGACGAGAGGAAGAAGCACGGGCCCCGGGCCCCCGCGCCCGAGCCGGGCUCCGAGGAGGAGCUUCUCGCUCUGGGCGCGGAGGCGUCCAACUUCCUGGUCAAGAAGCAGGAGAGCUCCGAGGGAGCCGCCGCCCCAGAGUGGGCGUCGUGCCUGAAGAACUCCAGGACCCGCGAGAGGGAAGACCGCGGGCCGGAGCAGGCCCUCACCAACGCCUCGGGAAAGGGGGCGGAGCUUUUUGCCAAGCGCCAGUCCAGAAUGGAUAAGUUUGUUGUGGAGAAUCAGAGCGCCAAACCGGCGCGGUCCCCCUCUCCCACCAUCUCUCUGCCGCCAUCUUGGGUCUUCCCGUCAAAUAUGCCUGGCCGGGUCAAAGCCAUUGCCAAAAACUCUGAAAUGUCGACUCAGCUCACACAGACCCUGCAGGCCCAACAGCAAAUCAAAAGAAAGCCGAGUCAACCUGCAGCGGCUCCACCGCCGGUCCCAGAAAGCCCUCCACUGGAGAACGGCUGCACCAAGAUGGAGAUGGACCUCUCCAGGCACCAGCCAUAUCAACUGAAGUCCUCCCUCUUCAUUCUCAACCCCACCAAGGACCCCCUUGGUUCCUUACCAAGAGGGGCACCGGCCGCGAGAGCCCCUGUUCCCAGCCAGCCCUUCUCGAGGCAGUCCUCCCUCCCCACCGGCUCCCCGGCCUUCUUCAGUAACCAGGCGACCCACAGCUCCCCCCACUGCAUGCCUCCGCAGUCACCCCUCAGCCCGACGGGACGCAUGGAGUACCCCGCUCACUACGGCGCCGCCCCAGCCCACGGCCAGCCGAGGGUGAACUCUCCCAUGUCGGCCGCCUCUCCGGAGCGUCCGUCUUCCUCGCGGUCAGGCGUUCAGGCACCAAGACCCAUGUUUUCCACCAGGAAGGCCGGGAUUGAACCCCAGGUCUGGAGGCCGUCUCUGUACUAUUAUUAGUUAAUGGGAUGUCCCUAGUGGGAGCAUCGUAUUGCAUAGGCUUUAUUUUGACAGUUGCACCGAUAAUAUUAGUUACACAACUGUGGCUUAUCGUGUUGAUAUUUUUCUAGUAGCUCUGAUACUUUUAAACCCUAGCACUUUAUCUUGUUUUCGUGUGCAGAUUUAAUUAAAACGGAAGCUUUUCUAGGAUAAAUAGUGAAAACAGGCAGCCUUCAGAGUAUUAUCUGUGAAUUGUUAAAUUCAGAUUUGAAUGAUUAGUUCUAAAGAAGAAAAUAAAUAAUUGUAUUUAGCUACAUUAGGAUAAUUUUUUCCGAAGGCUGCAUUUUGCAGUUUUCGGUGGCCCAAGCACUUUGGCUUCAGGAUGAGGGUUUAUGAAGUACCUUGGCAGAUGGUCUGGCAUCUGGUUUAUGAGCCAUCAUUUGCUGUAUAAUAUUUGCUGGCAGAUAUGAAAUGUGCUGCAGGAGGAGAAACUGUAUAUCUCUACCUCUGCAGGCAAAAGUAUUUCACUUGCAAACAGAUCUUGUUCUGUUGCUAUACCUAUGCCUAGCCCGGAGUCUGUGUUGUUGUCUAUAAAGAACACAUGACACUGCACUAUUACGGCAUAACCUUCACGUGAGGACAUUUUGUACAUUUUUGUACCCAAGAUUUAUAAGGACAUUUUUAAUAGUUUAAUACAAAACGACCGCCAUAUAAUGCCUAUUCUGAUCAUCGCUGCUUCUUCUUACAACUUCUAUUUCUGAAUCCUAAUUCACAGUUUUCCUGCACCUACUGUUACUCUUUAUUCUUCCGAUUUAUAUUUCAUCUCUCUUGUCUGAAUUUCAUGUUCUCUUGUGUUCUCUUGUGUCCUUAUUUCUUAUUCUCUGAUUAAAGCUUCCUUACUAUCUACUGUGACUUUCUGACUUCUUCUUUUCAUGCUUUCACUUAAAACUUUUCUUACACUUGCAAUAUUAUCCUUCUGAUUCAUAUUGACUUUCUGUUUUUUGAGAAAUCUGUUAUUGGAGUUCUGCUGAACCACUGAAUGUGUGUGGUGUGUGUGUCAGUGUGUGUGUGUGUGUGUGUGUGUUUGUGCGUGUGUGUGUGUGUGUGUUAGUAUGUGUGUGGCUUUAGGAGUGGUCCUGAUUGCCAUUCCAUAACCAUUUCCUGCUUUCAUCCUAACACCCAAAGCUUCCUUGAUACCUCCUUUGAUAAAACAUAACAAGCCAAUAACACGCAACCUUUCUGAAUAUAGCCAUUUUAACUUGCAGUUCUUUUCAUGUAGAAACUCAAAAUCCACACACCCCCGAGUUAGAUCCCAGGAGCUUACCUUCAUAUUCCUGUUACCGUUAACUGACUUCAAAGGGCCAAAUUACAGUAACUGGAGAGAUGUCAAACUGUGUCAGAAGGGCAAUACGGUAAUAAAUACGAUACCAUUAGGACUCCGUAUCAACCCUUAAAAUGGAUUGGGCCAUGACCUGCUGUUGAAUAAAAACAUAGUUAAGGGGACAAAGCUUCUUGUGUUGGGUUGACAACUGUCACUAUCGUUAGCAAUAGUAAGACAUUUAAGAAAUAAUCAUCAAUUUCAAAGUAAAGAUACUGCCAAAGAGAUGGACCUUUUCACAGCUUUGAUAUGUGCACCCAGUUUUUUGCAUCACUUUAAUGCCGUCUUUUGUCUAAA